UAGUACUAUUACUCUCUAACUAAAACUCAAGUCAUGUCAGGCACAAAAACAAGUAAAUUCCAUGGUUUCACUAAAACCAUAUCACACUACUCCUCUAAAUCAAACUCAUCAUCAUCAUCAUCAUUUUCUUCUUCUUCUUCUUCUUGUCUCAAAAUGAUCACUCUAAAACUCCGGCGUCUAUGUUCUCGUCUCGGUCGUCCUCUUCAUCGUCGUCCUAAGCCUCAAGUAGUCAUCCAAAAGCUCAACAAGAUCAAGUCUAAUGGAGAACAAGAUAAAUCAACAAGUUUUCGACAAUUGCCGUCAAUCCGGUUAGCGACAUUCAACGCGGCCAUGUUUUCGAUGGCUCCUGCCGUCCCUUGGGCAGAUCCCCGGCCGGCUAAACUCAACCACAUCGACACCGAUAUCCGGGGAAAAUCUACAAAUGAUCGACCAAAGAGUAUACUAAAACAACAAAAGCUAGCCUCCAAGUCUGCAAAACUAAGAGUCUCUAUCAACCUUCCUGACAAUGAGAUCUCAUUAGGAAGAAGCAAGCGCUUGGGAGAAGGUGAUGAAGUUUCAAAAAAAGCUCACAAGGGUAAAGCUCCAUUAAUGGCUCAUAGUCUUAGCUUUCCAAAUGGAGAAAGAGAGAAAGAAGAGAAGAUCAAGAGUGAUAGAACUGUUCUUGAUGUUCUAAGAGAAGUGGGAGCUGAUAUAUUUGCUUUGCAAAAUGUUAGAGCUGAAGAAGAAAAGGGAAUGCAUCCACUUUCUGAUCUUGCUGAAGGAUUAGGCAUGAAGUAUAUAUUUGCAGAGAGCUGGGCACCGGAUUAUGGCAAUGCUAUUCUUUCAAAAUGGCCGAUAAAACAUUGGAAGGUUCAGAAGAUUUUCGAUGACACCGAUUUUAGGAAUGUGUUGAAAGCAACAAUUGAGGUGCCUAGAGUUGGAGAGAUCAAUCUUCAUUGUACUCAUCUUGAUCAUCUUGAUGAGAAUUGGAGGAUGAAGCAAAUCAAAGCGAUUCUCCGGCCGGAAGACGGGCCGCACAUACUUCUCGGUGGCCUUAAUUCUUUGGAUGAGUCCGAUUACUCCUCCGAAAGAUGGAAUGAUAUCAUUAAGUAUUAUGAAGAAAUUGGCAAACCGACACCUAAAGUUGAAGUUAUGAAGUUUUUAAAAAGUAAAGAAUAUGUGGAUGCUAAGAAUUAUGCCGGAGAAUGUGAAGCUGUUGUUGUAGUUGCGAAAGGACAAGAUGUACAAGGCACAUGUAAAUAUGGAACAAGAGUGGACUACAUACUCGCAUCGCCGAACUCACCGUAUGAAUUUGUUCCGGGAUCUUAUGGUGUUAUUUCUUCAAAAAGAACUUCAGAUCAUCACAUUGUAAAGGUAGAUAUAACUAUAUCUAACAAUAGAGAAGAGAAACAAAAGCCAAGAGUAGUAAAGAUAGAUAAGAACUCAUCUAGAGGUAUAUGGAGUGUUAAUUCUUGAUAUGAUGCUUCCCUUUUUUGAGGUUUGUAAAGGUCUUCCUUUUUUUUUUUUUUUUGGGUGUAAAGAGAGUUUGUGUGAAUGUUUGAUGUUUAAUUUGGUGAGUUAAUUGAGGAGAUAGAUAGAUUAAAGGCUUGUGGUUUUGUAAUUUUGAUGUUGGCCAUGAAAUCAAAUGAAGACAUUGACUUUUUUUC